AUGGCUUCCAAACUUCUCUCAAGAGCCACGCCUCUUGCCUCUCGUACAUAUCGCGAUAUUGCCAAAGCUGCACCCAUUGGUCUUAGACACUAUGCUACUGAAGGCAACAAGAAAAAGUUAAAUACCUUUAGUUCUAUCAUUACUCAACCCAAGAGUCAAGGUGCUUCUCAAGCCAUGUUGUAUGCUACUGGUUUGACUGAAGACGAUAUGAACAAGGCUCAAGUCGGUAUCUCCAGUGUAUGGUAUGAAGGUAAUCCUUGUAACAUGCAUCUCUUGGACUUGGCUGGUGAGAUCAAAAAGAGCGUCAAGGAAGCUGGCCUCAUAGGCUACCGUUUUAACACUGUUGGUGUCAGUGAUGGUAUCUCUAUGGGUACUCGUGGUAUGAGUUAUUCUCUUCAAUCCAGAGAUUUGAUUGCUGACAGUAUCGAAACCGUCAUGGGCGGUCAAUGGUACGAUGCUAAUAUUUCCAUCCCUGGUUGCGACAAAAACAUGCCUGGUGUCUUGAUGGCUAUGGGUCGUGUCAACAGGCCCUCCUUGAUGGUUUAUGGUGGUACUAUUCAACCUGGUCAAAGUUGCGGUGGUGAUAAGCUCGAUCUUGUCUCUGCUUUCCAAGCCUAUGGUGAAUAUGUCACUGGUGCUAUUGACGAAGACAAGCGUUUCGAUAUCAUUCGUCAUGCUUGUCCCGGUCCUGGUGCCUGUGGUGGUAUGUACACUGCCAACACCAUGGCAUCUGCUGCCGAGGCUAUGGGUAUGACUUUGCCUUACUCUUCAUCUACUCCUGCUGCCUACCCCGAAAAGAUUGAGGAAUGCCGCAAGGCUGGUUAUGCUAUCCGCAAUCUCCUCGAAAAGGACAUCAAGCCUCGAGAUAUCAUGACUCGCGCUGCUUUCGAGAAUGCCAUGGUCCUUACUAUGGUUCUCGGUGGUUCUACCAAUGUUGUUCUCCACUUGAUUGCUAUCGCCAAGAGUGUUGGUGUCAAGCUGACCUUGGACGAUUUCCAAGCUGCUAGUGAUAAGUCUCCAUUCUUGGCCGACUUGAAGCCUAGUGGCAAGUACGUUAUGGAAGAUUUGCACGGUAUUGGCGGUAUCCCUGCUAUUCUCAAGUACCUCAUGGAAGAGAAGAUGAUUGACGGUAAUGUCUUGACUGUCACUGGUAAAUCUCUUGAAGAGAACCUUCAUAGCCUCCCUGGCCUUCCUCAAGGCCAAGACAUUAUUCGUCCUCUCUCCAACCCUAUCAAGGCUAGUGGUCAUUUGCAAGUUCUCCGUGGUAACUUGGCCCCCGAAGGCUCUGUUGCCAAAAUUACUGGUAAGGAAGGUCUCCGAUUCACUGGUAAGGCUCGUGUAUUCGAUGGUGAGGAGCACUUCAUUACUGCCCUUGAAAACGACGAGUUCAAGAAGGGUGUAAAGACUGUUGUUGUCAUCAAGAAUGAAGGUCCCAAGGGUGGUCCUGGUAUGCGUGAAAUGUUGAAGCCUUCUUCUGCUAUCAUGGGCGCUGGUUUGGGUAACGAUGUUGCUCUUUUGACUGAUGGUCGUUUCUCUGGUGGAUCUCACGGUUUCAUCAUUGGUCACGUCUGCCCUGAAGCUCAUGUUGGAGGACCUAUUGGUUUGGUAGAAGAUGGCGAUACUAUUACUAUUGAUGCCGAGACUCGUGAGAUGAACAUGGAUGUUUCUGAGGAAGUUCUCGCCGAGAGAAAGAAGAAGUUUGUUCCCAAUCCCCCCAAGUAUACCAGAGGUACUCUCGCUCGUUAUGUUAUGACCGUCAAGAGUGCAAGUGAAGGUGCUGUUACAGAUGAAUUGUAA